GAGAUACUACAUCUUUCGCAAGAAGGAACUUUCGUACAUCUUAGUCGCGCUCUCGAUCAUCCAUAAACCGAUAGGGAAAUACAGUUUUACAUAGGAUUUUCGCCAAUAUUCUCCCAAAAAUUUAGUAAUUUCAGGCAAUUAGUCGCGCUCUUUGUAAAAAUAUUCAGAAUCAAGAACACUCGAACUGAAAGAAAUCUUGAAAGUGCCCUAUUCAGUGCCCCCCUUUUCGAUCUUACCGGCUUCGUGUCACAUUUACGCAGCCGAUGUUGAGAUUUUGGUUUGUACCCGACAUGCGUUUUGGAAUUGAGUUUGAGUAGAGAACCAAUUUUAAGAUAUUGCUAGUUUUGGUGAAUAGCACUGUGACGAUUCUUGGAGUGUAGGAUUCUGGUGGGUUAGAGAGAGAGAGAGAUGUUUUGGAGGGAGAGGAUGAGGGAGAACAGAGAAGAAAACGGUGGUCCUCCUAGCGGGCAGGUUAGAGUUCUAGUUGUUGGAGAUUCAGAUUUUUUGAUCGAUCAAAGCAUUAAAAUAGUGAUCAAGAUCAUGCGAGAUCGCGAAUUGCAAGAAGGCGUGGGGAAAACUUCUCUUGUUCAUCUGAUUAUGACUGGCUCUUCCAUUGCUCAACCUCCUCAAACAAUUGGGUGUAGUGUCUCUGUCAAGCAUAUUACUUAUGGAAGUUCUACGAACUCAUCAAAUAAUAUCAGAGACGACUCGGAUAGAGAUUUUUUUGUUGAACUCUGGGAUAUUUCAGGACAUGAAAGAUACAAGGAGUGCCAAUCUCUAUUCUAUUCUCAAAUAAAUGGUGUUGUGUUUGUUCAUGAUCUUUCUCAAAGAAGGACAAAGAUUAGCUUGAACAAAUGGGCAGCUGAAAUUUCAGCAACUGGCACAUUCUCGGCUCCUUUAUCGUCAGGCGGUCCUGGUGGCCUUCCUGUUCCCUAUAUUGUUAUUGGAAACAAGGCUGACAUUUCUGCAAAAGAAGGUGCACGGGGUAGCAGUGGUAGUCUGGUUGAUGUAGCUCGACAGUGGGUUGGGAGGCAGGGCUUGCAGGGCUUGCUUCCAUCGAGUGAGGAGCUUCCUUUAGCUGAGAGCUUCCCUAGCAGCGGAGGCCUUCUAGCAUCUGCCAAGGAAGCCAGAUAUGACAAGGAAGCCCUGAUGAAAUUUUUCCGAAUGUUGAUCAGAAGGAGAUACUUCCCGGAUGAAUUGUCUGGUUCAACCCCAUGGUCUGCCCAAGUUAACCGAACUUUUUCAGGGCCUGGUGAGAUUUCCAGCGACGAAGACCAGCAGUAUAAGAAUUCAAGUAGCACGCUAGGCCAACCGUACAAGUAUGAUGGACUUCCUCCGCUUCCUGCUCAGCACAACUUGACACCACCUCCGACACUUUAUCCUCAGCAGCCUAUGUCGAAACCAGACAGUUACAACAUCCCAAGAUUUGCCUUGGCAAAUUCCGAGGAUAUCGCUCGUACAAGAUCGAGGCGUAUGGAUAUUAAUGUGUGAUACCUGUUGCUCGUUAAACUGAGUAAAUCCCCAUCUGCUGUAUAUGGCUUCGCUGCUCGUUUAUAGUAUAUGUAUGUAUGGAAAAAUGCUCCUAUCUUAUGCAAAAUUUUCAGAUGAACUCUGUUUUACAGACCAUGAUCUUAUGUUGUAGUUCUUUUUCGAUCA